AUGAUCAGUCUCCUACGAAAGAUCAAGAUGGAAGUAGCCGGUGAAAUGAUAAACUAUGCGAUAGCAAAGAACGAUGAGAUCGAAGAUCUUGCAAGAUUUCGCGGUUAUAGCGAACCGGUUUGGUUGUUUAUUCAGGAUGGUAAAAUGGUGAAUUUGGUGUUCGGUGCCAACGCACCUAAAUUGUAUAGAAUUUUAUUGGCCGAGGUACAUAGGGUUCAGGAAGAAAUUCCACCAGCUUGGCAAAUGUCCGUUGACCAACGUGGACCCGAAGAAGAAGUCAAAUGGCAAAAAGAGGAAGCCAUUAGGAAAGCAAUCGAAAAUAAGAAGAAGGCUGAGGAAGAUGCUAAGAAGAAGAAAGAGUACGAAGCGUUUAUGGCACAAAUGAUGUUGGAACUUUGCGAAUUAAUGAUAGUCGUGAUGUAUCCAUGGGUAUUUAGAGAUGAACAAGGCCAUCCAAAGAUCAAAAUGCAAUGUCAGCCCUAUACCGAAUUAGUUCGUGAUUUAUUUAGACAAAUUUUUGACGUUCAAGAAGAAAAGAAAAUUCAACUUGACGAUGAAAUUAUUAAAAAAAUGUUAGUUGAGAGUGAUAUUCAAAUAACGGAAGAACUGUUGAUAGGUUUGACCGAUGGUAAAUGUUUGGCUAUUAGAUUAAAAAGUAGACCACCGCCACAUGAAUGGCCUGUUCCUUAUCCCCACACUUGUCCAGAAAUUAUAGAUAAAGAAAAGUGUCCAGUAAGAGCCAUAAACGAUGUUGAAAGAUUUUUUCAUAAUUUAUUGCAAAGCCAUUCUCAUAGAAAAACAAUUGUUGGAAAUUUACUCGAAACACCUAGACAUUCUAUUGUUGGUACAUACAUGGAAAGAUACAUUUACAUUCACGAGCCUGAUCCUGAAAACGAAGAAGAUUUAUAUAGAAUCGAUCCACCUAUUUGGGCACCUCAACAUGCUAGAAGCAAAGUCCAUGCUUUCAUGACGUUAUUCCCUGAAUACAUGGCUGAAAAUCAUCCCUACGAAGUACCAAAACCACCCCCGCCGCUCUGCGCUUUUAAAUAUUCAGCAAAAAAACCGGACGAUUUAAAGAAUGCAUUUGAACAUUACUCGGAGGCUAUCGAAUAUUUUGCUGCAUUUUCAAUCGACGAACCUUUAUUGGCUAGAAAAAUAGCCAACAGUCCUGAAGAAUUUACAAGAAAAGUGAAGAAGGCAACGAUAGAAAUCUUCGUAGUUGUCAUUAAAAAGAUAAACGAAGAAGCUUUUUUAGCAUUUGCUGGUAUCAACCCAUACUUUGCAACUGAAGACCAAAAUGAAGUACAAAAGGUAAUCGCUGAUUAUUUCCCAGAGGAAAUGGACAGUCCUGAGAAAUUACCUACGGAAUAUUACGAGGAGGAGGAGGAGGAGGAGGAGGAGGAGGAAGAAGAGGAGAUGGAAGGGGAAGAACAACUCGGGAAAUAUUACAAAGCAAACGUUUAUUAUUAG